AUGGACCACAAUACCCCUGCUCCUCAGGCCUUUGCUGAACUCCUGGUGGAGCACAACCUAGACAUGAGACAGGUGCUGGGCCACCUGGCAGCAAUGGCCACACCCCAGGCAGUCAACCAAGCCCCCAUCAAGACUGAGGCUCCACCACCACACAGGAUCCACCUAGAUGAGAUUGACAUCCUUGUUGAUGUGGUGCAAGUGCUAGACAAGUGCAACACAAACUACAUGGAUGUACACAGGUUCUGCAAGCAGCACUACUUCAACCAAGACCUCAACUUGCGCAAGUGCACAAUGCACCAAGCUGACUCCUAUGUUGCAGAAGCAACCUACAUGUACAUUGUCACUUCAUGGGAGCAGGCAACCCCCCCUGUGGAAGCCAAGACAAUCUACAUGCCUGUCAUCAAGACCUUCAAUGCCACACUGGCAGCAGCACAGCACAACCUCUACAACCAGAACAUCAACACAACCAACUACAGGCACCACCACUUCAAGGGGAGGCAGAUGUCAAAGGAGAAGGGGCCCAUUGCAAAGCACACUCAGUCAAGCCAUGCACAUCACAAGGCUGAGAGUGACAAGGAGGAGGAGGAGGAGGAGGAGGAGGGGGACAACAACAACAGCAAUGGCAAGGAAGAUGACAACACAGAAGAGGAAGAAGAAGAGGACCAAAAGAGCUCCAAGACACCCAAGAAGAAGACCAAGUGGACCUGGCAGGAGGCGCAAGACAACCCCACCUUGGCAACAGCAAUCAUGGCAUGGCAACUGGAGCACCACCAGACACUUCAUCACCAAGCAGUGUCUGGACUGCAAGCCAAGAAUGAGAAGCUCACAGCAGAGGUGGUGGAGCUGAAGCAGAAGCUAGACACCAAGGAGCAGCACCACCACCAUCACAAGAAGCACAAGCACCCCAACACCCCAGCAGCAGCGGCCUACAAGGACCCCUUGAUGCAAGAGCCAUCAGAGAAGAAGGCCAAAGCAGACAAAACAGAAGACAAGAUCCUAGCCAAGGCAUGCUCCUCAUGCACAACAUGGAGCCAGAGCACCCAACCAAGUCAUGUGACAAUGUUCAAGUGCAUCACCUGUGCAUUGCAUGUCCCACCACACAACAUUGAAGUCUGCACGUGGUGCAUCAGGCACCUGUGGACCAAUGCUGACCACAGUGGCCACAUCUGGCAGGUGGUGUACCAGCCCACUGAUGCAGGUGUUGUGGCAGAAAGCCUCAGGCCUUGGCUCCAGGCAUGA